AUGCAUCUUCCUCUCAAUAUCACGGCUGCUGCGGCGGCGCUGUCGACCGCCAUCCUGCCCAGCGUCCCCUCAGCCACUAGUCACUCACCCGCGUCUGUUUCCUGUGAACCCCCAGAGUUAUGCAACUGGGAACCAGACAAAGUCUCUAGAGGAUUCGGCCAGAAUGAUCCCAUAAACCCAAAUUUCCCUCCACCAGACCAGGCCUCUACGAUAUUCGGCCCAGCUUUGCCCGACGACCGGUUUUACCAUAUCGAUGAGGACGCGUUGACGGGUUGCAUCAGGGCUGCCGUGAAGACAGCCGGCAAUAAACGGUGGCGGGAGCUCAAGAUCCGGAGAGUGUGGCUCAAGUUCCUCGCCAAGAGCAGAGACCAGGGUCUAGUCGGCAUGGAUUCCAAUGACGACAAAAACAACGUACCAACCUUGGUCGAGAAAAUCCGAGGUCAGGUUGGUGACGCCCUCGAGCCUUCCGAGACAGACCCCAAGGAAUGCGACGCCGUGGUAAAGAAGUUCACGACCACGCGAGUGUUCGACGAGAUUCUGCUGGCCUGGGCCGUUAUACACGGCGACAUUGCGGCUUUGCCGCCAAAGCCUCCACAAGCCAAGAGGGCUCAUCUGGUAUACAAUGAGACUGCUAUCGCCAUUUCCAUAAAUAGCCACUUGCGCAAUCUUCUCGACAAGAUCCCUCAGAUCCCUGACCACUUCGGCCGUCACAAAAGCCACGAAAAGCGUGUUGUUCCGGAUAACUCGACUGUCUCUGGCGACUUCACUAUCCCUUACAAUCUGACUAUUCCGGAAAACUCGACCAUCAACUCAAUCGAGGAAGCCGAGAGGGAACUUGCGCUGCUCGCCAAGUCAGCGACCCUCACCAACGCUGACCUCGUGAAGCAAUUCAAAGGCAACCAGAGCCUGAUUAGCAACUUCUUUGACAUUCCUUAUAUCCGUGCGCUUCUGCACGAGUUUGUCAUGAGCGAGACACUCGUCUCGGUUUUGGACUCGCAGGAAAAGGAGUGGCUUAUCCCCGAUGAGUAG